AUUGUUAUGUCCUGAAAUCAUCAGAAAAUUUAAUGAGAUUACAUGCAGCCUUUUAUGUCAAUUAAAAUGAUGCUUAAAAUGAUGGAAAAAGCUGGUGAACAUGGACCCAAAGAAGCAUGGAACAAACAUGUAGGUGUAUCAAUAACUGAAGCUUCCAUUGCUCAUACUUAUUAUUGGACAUUUAAAACAUUCUUAGAUACAUUAAUAAAAGUUUAGGAUGAGAACAUUAGAUCAGUCCUAUCCAAUUUAUGUUGCUUGUAUGGUUUACAAAGAAUUAUUGAUUGGCCAAUAGGAUAUUUCGAAGGAGGAUUUUUGAAUGGGGAGUAAUUAGAAAUCAUCUUAAAUGCAAAAGAACAUAUCUUCACUCUUUUAAAACCAGAUUUACUUGGACUUGUUGAAUCAUUUAAAUACAAUGACAAUGCUUUAAGAUCAGAUUUAGUAGAUGCCAAGCCCUUAUGA